UGUAUAUACGUGCAUACAUGUAAUAUAUUAUAUACCCGCGCAUACAUCUAUAUGCGUACACGUUUAUACAUAUAUAUAUACGCGUAAAGAAAGAAACGUGAACGUUGUUGCAAGUGCCGUAAUUCCCAGCGGAGUAAGCGAGGAUCCAUCGAUUCCGCCGCGGGUGUUACCUUCGAUAUUUUGAUACGGGUACGUCGAGUCGCGGCGAGGCCGAUCGGUCGGGUCCGUUCGGCUACCCGGCACGAGAUCUCCGGACCCCAGUGUUACGCGGUGCUUCAGCGGCUUUGGGUCGGACGCUUGCCCGUUUCCGAGAUUCGAUCACGGAACCCGGGGGCCCAGUUUCUCUCGGUGGUUCGCUGUAGUGCUACUACACUACCGCUAGCUGCUACUGCUGUUGCUGCUGCUGCUGCUGCUGCUGCUGCUGCUGCUGCUCGCCCCGGCUCGGCCCGCGCCGGUCGUAUCGAUUCGAGGACGUGACACGGCCCGCGCGUACAUAGAUACACGCGCCCGUGCCCAGUGAGAUACCAGUGUGCCGACACACGAUCCGGAGAGGUGCGUAGAAAAAGAAAGGGUGUCCGCGGAGUUAGACGACAAGGGGGAGAGCCGUCUAUGUGCGCGACCGGCGACACCAAGUGCUACCCUGGCACCUUGCGGACGACACGGGGUGGCUACGCCAAGCUAGUGCCUAGAGGAUUUCCAACCCCGUCCCCAGGGUGGCGGGCUCCCACAGCGUGCUCGACGAGCGGGGAGCGCGGCGGUGCAGCUAGCUGGAACGACGCUUAAGGCACACGGUGGGCAAGCGGAGGUAGCCAGUCUAAGGAGGAGGGUUGGCGGACGAGCGGCACGCUGGUUUCGCGGUAACCCGAAAGGCGACGGAGGCGAGCAAGACACGGGCCGAGGGAUCGGUGUCCGAGGGUGGCGGCCAGAGGUGACGCAGAACCGAGGAGGCGGCGGCGGCGGAGGGGAAGUGUUUGGAGGCGCGAGGAAGAAGGUGGUGGUUUGUUGUGCGCGGUGGUGGUGAUUACCUCAAGGAGGAUCCUGCGAGGCGGCUCUAGUGGCGAGGUUUAGGAGGAAAACGAGCGAGCCGAGCAAGAGGAGACCAGGAAGAAGAUCGAAAAAUAAGGGAGACACGCACAGGAGUGUACACGCGCACAUAUAGUCGGUUCAGGCCUUUCGUCGCGGAGGAAGGGAGGAUUUAGAGGUUGGUGGUGGCGUUUGUAAGGGCAACCUGUGGCAAGAUGGGCUGUGCCAUGUCAGCGGAAGAGCGGGCCGCCCUGGCCCGCAGCAAGCAGAUCGAGAAGAACUUAAAGGAGGACGAGAAGCAGGCCGCGAAGGACAUUAAGCUGUUGCUGCUCGGCGCCGGUGAGUCCGGGAAAAGUACCAUCGUAAAACAAAUGAAAAUUAUCCAUGAAAGCGGUUUUACACCGGAAGACUUCAAGCAGUAUAAGCCCGUGGUGUACAGCAACACGAUACAAUCCCUAGUCGCUAUUCUCAGAGCGAUGCCGAACUUGGACAUCAGCUACACGAGCAACGAGCGAGAGACGGACUCGAAAAUGGUGUUCGACGUGAUCCAAAGAAUGGAGGACACGGAGCCGUUCGGCGAGGAGCUUCUGGCCGCGAUGAAGAGGCUCUGGGCGGACAGCGGGGUCCAGGAAUGCUUCGGCAGGAGCAACGAGUAUCAGCUGAACGACUCAGCGAAAUAUUUCCUGGACGACCUAGACCGAUUAGGAGCGAGAGACUAUCAGCCUACCGAGCAGGACAUCUUGAGGACCCGUGUGAAAACAACGGGAAUUGUCGAGGUCCACUUUUCCUUCAAGAGUCUGAAUUUCAAAUUGUUCGACGUGGGUGGCCAAAGAAGUGAACGUAAGAAGUGGAUUCAUUGCUUCGAGGACGUGACUGCGAUCAUAUUCUGCGUCGCGAUGUCUGAAUACGAUCAAGUGCUGCAUGAAGACGAGUCGACGAAUCGAAUGCAGGAAAGCUUGAAGCUGUUCGACUCAAUUUGCAAUAACAAAUGGUUCACCGACACCUCGAUCAUUCUAUUCUUGAACAAGAAAGAUCUCUUCGAGCAAAAAAUUCGCAGGUCCCCUCUCACCAUUUGCUUCGCCGAGUACGCAGGAGCGCAAGAGUACGGCGAGGCGGCCGCAUACAUCCAGGCGCAGUUCGAGGCGAACAACAAGACAGGCAAUAAGGAGAUCUACUGCCACACGACUUGCGCCACUGAUACAACCAACAUUCAGUUCGUGUUCGACGCGGUCACAGAUGUCAUUAUCGCCAAUAAUCUCCGUGGCUGCGGUCUCUAUUAGGAUAAAUAUUCCCGUCGCGGAGCCGAUCGACCGACACACACUCACACUCACACACACUCACACCACAGACAUGUAUUGCGAGAACGAGGGAGCGCGUGAGAGAGAGAGAAUGAGAGACCGAGAGACUGACACAACAGGCUUGGCGAGAAAGAGGACAGCGUGCACGAGGGGGGAGAGAGAGAGAGAUUCGGAGAGACCGAGGCGAGAGAGAGUGUGAGAGAGAGAAGCAUACCUAUGUACCCACCGCUGCUACUACUCACCACCUGCGGAUACCUUCUCAAUAGUUUUUAUCGACUGCCCUUUCGAAUCUUUCUUCGAAGAUCGACUGAGACCGCGAGGAUCAGCAGGGUGCUUCUUCCGCGCUUGCAUAAAGGCAACCCGCUCGACAGCCGAGGUGGUUGCCGUCGGUGCGGGUAGGAUUGUUGAGUAGACACGUGUCUCGUGGAUUCUGGAUGGUUUCUUAACGCUGGAACUACCAAGCAAUCUGACUUUUUGAAAUUUCUCUGUAGAGACUAAAGUGUAGCUAUUGAGACUUCAGUUUAUUUGCACUGUAGGUUCUGUGUUAGUAAAUCAAUUUCUGUAGUAACUUGUCAGAGAAGCAGCUGUUAUCUUUUCAAUAACUGGAAAAGAAAUGAACCAAUUUCUUUUACAGUUAUUGUGAAGGUAUAGAGACUUUUGAAAUGAUUGGAGAAUGAUUUAGGAAAACCUAAACUGAAAUGGAAGCCAAUUGGAAUGUUAAUAAGUUCAUGCUUGUAGCUUCUAUAAAGAAAUUUAAGAAAGAUUUAAGUGGAGUUAAAAUGAUAAAUUUCUUGGUUUUUUCUUUUGCGAUUACUGGAAAGGAAUCUUUGAGAAAUUACUGAAGCUGAUUAGGUAAUAGCUAAGCUAGAGUUGAAGCUAAUUCGAAUCUCAAUAAAUCCACGUUUGUAGUCUCUAUACAGAAAUGUUUGAAAAUCAGUUUGUGCUCGGUAGUUCUACUGUUAACCCUUUGUGCUUGGAGUUUUCCAAAUGUUUGAUGGGUUUUAACAAGACGGUAUUUUUUAGAGUUAAUCUGGAAAGCUACUUUGAUCCGGUAUUUGAUAUACUGAUAUAUUAGAGAACUUAGUGUUGGAUAUUGAAUUUUGUAAGUUUAGUGUUAAAUUGAACGACGAGAGUCGCCUCUCGAGUGCAAAGGGUUAGAAAUCUUAAUAUAUCUGUUAGUGGUGUAAUAAUUUCAGAGACUCGGUAAACGUGAUUAGGCAUCCUGUAGGCAAGUCUGGAUUAUCUUUUAUUGGGUCUCUUGGAGUAGGUUGUCGAGUCGAGCAGCUUCUGACAAAGAAAGGCUCUUAGUAUUUAUUUGACACCGGUUUACGAGGAUCAAAAUGGCAACCACCGUUUCGCGAGUGAAUAAUCUGAUAGCUCGCGUUGUCUAAACAAACGGAACUCGUUGUUCUCGAAGUGCCGUAGGAAUUUCUCGAGCGAAGUCCAUAUGGCCCGCGAAUGAAGGAGCACCCUGCACUCUCCUUGAAAAUAUCUUCGUGUAAACGAAGAGGAGGACUCGGUAAACAAUCACAGCCCCCGCCGAGAGCAACGGUUCAAAGUCCGGCGGAGAAGAUCGAAAGGAGACUCACCAAAGAUCGAUCCAGAUUUUUCAUGGAUAUCGCGACGAAUCGCACAAAGACCAAUCACGGAACACAUUUCGAUCUCCCGAUGCUUUAUCUUGGUUUCAAUUGCCGAGUCACCGACACGCGGAGUACGGGGCUCUUUCUAGGCUAGAAAAUCAUUGACAUGUUUGCUUCGAAAUCGAUUGAGCACAAUUAUAUCAUAGUAUACAGAGUGAUUCAUAUUAUUACACUAAUUAAGUUAAGCCUGUGAGAAUAUAUUACAAAAGUAUAGCAAAUGAUUAUUUAACUGACUUCUCACAGGACUUCGUUUGAGGUUAUAGGCGUGGCCAGACGAGUCACGCGGCCCGGUGAAUGGCCUUGACCGACCAAAUGAUUUUAAGCCAACUAUAGUGACCUCCUUCUAUACCCCACGAAGCACCAAUGAAGUUCAGUUGAAGUUGCGUCUACGAAUAAGAAAUUCCGUAUGAAGAUUCUGUAUACAUUAGUUCCCCGACCGUCUCGGAUUUUUAUAAUUAAAAAUCUUAAGAUGAAACGUUCGAUUGUUCGUUAAGUUAAGUUCGAUACGGAAUUUUUAAUUAUAAAAAUUUCACGUGACCUGCUUCGCCAAUGAUUUACUAUCUUAGCCGGGACACUUUGUAAUAUAAAAUCCGACUCUCCUUUAUCCCGUGUACCAGGUCGUCGAAUAUUUUCGCUUUACUUCGAACAUAUGUUACGUUAACGAUCGCACAGAAAUCGCACACAACAAACCGACGUUUAGUUAGUUUAAUCAGCGAACGGGACGGUCGGGGUCAGUGGUCCUAGAGUUCUCGAACAGUGCACAAGUUUCGAGGGAGUUUUGUCAAAUUGAACCGUGAAACGAUUUCCAACGCGAAGGAACUUUAGGAUUAAAGCUAGCACAAUAUAUUCUAUACGUAUAUCGGUACGGACCAUUUAGAGGUUUCUUAAUUAUUCUCGAGUAUCAAUCGGACGAACGUCUUUUGUUUCCAUUGAAAUUAUCGGUGCAAUACGAUUCGUGGAGAGGGGUGGACGAACGUUGUUUCACGUAGUUCGAGAAAGAUUUUCGCAUUCGAUGCUUCGCAGGCUCUCGUUUCAUCAACGCACAUUCACAACAAUCUAACGAACAUUCUCGCACAAUCACACGCGUCUGCGCACACGUAUACAAGUACUGGUUGCUGGGAACCUGGCGCUCGCGUCGUUACAGGGCGGAGUCCGGCCCGAUCGGCGGGCGUGAACGCCUCGGCCAAUCAGACGAGAGCGCCAGGUUCCGUGCAACGGUCGGUUCUUUGAGCAAAUGUCACAGCCGACGAGGAGCGGCGCGAGAGAAAGCAAGGAAACGGUUUCGAUCCUUGAAUUUCCGGUGGAGCCAGGUGUCCAGGCUGAUAUUUUUCGAGAAAUUCCCUUU